GGACGUGGUACACUGCGCAUGUGCGACAAGUGGGUGGUUAGGCGGGAGGCGCUGCUGCUGGGCCCGGUCGCCUCCUCAGCGCUAUGAGUGACGGGUUCCGGAAGGCGGAGUCGGGCACUCAGCUACUUGCACGACUUGAGGGCAGAAGUUCUCUGAAAAAUCUUGAACCUUGUCUGUUUGCAGAUGAAGGAUUUCCCAUUCAUGGAGAUGUCGUUGAAUUCCAUGGUCCAGAAGGAACAGGAAAAACAGAAAUGCUUUAUCACCUGAUAGCCCGCUGUGUCCUUCCAAAAUCGGGAGGAGGACUGGAAGUAGAAGUCAUGUUCAUUGAUACUGACUACCAUUUUGACAUGCUUCGCCUAGUUACCAUUCUUGAACACAGACUGUCCCAAAGCACAGAAGAAAUGAUCAAACAGUGCCUUGGAAGGCUUUUCCUGGUUAAUUGCAAUAGCAGCACCCAGUUGCUUCUCACUCUUUACUCUCUAGAAAACAAGUUUUUUGCUCACCCUUCUCUCUGCAUUGUGAUUUUAGAUAGUAUAUCAGCUUUUUAUUGGAUAGAUAGAAGCAAUGGAGGCGAGAGCUUUAACAUUCAGGAGAUGAAUCUGAAGCGAUGUGCUGAAUUUCUUGAGAAGCUAGUAAGAGAGCAUCAUUUGGCCCUGUUUGCAACAACACAAAUGAUAAUGCAGAAAUCUUCAAACUCCACUGAAAGCUCCAUUCCUUUAAAACUUCUCUGUGAAGCUGAUGUAGAAUAUAGGCCUUAUCUUUGUAAAUCAUGGCAACAAAUGGUAACACACAGAAUAUUUUUCUCUAAGCAAUGUAAUUUUAGCAGUAGCAAAACUUUUUCAAUUGUUUCUUGUCACACCAAAAAAAACCAUAUCAUAAAAUGUUCAUUCAGUGUUGCAGAAUGUGGAGUUCAGUUUUAACUUCAGUCUGUCUCUAAAACUGUAGUAAAUCUUGGCACAUCACAGUCUAACUUUAAGUAGUUUUAAAAAAAAAACUUUUAACCUAUUUUAUUAUCUCAGAUUGUUAAUUAAUUUUUUCACCCACAUUUAAACAUCUUAAACUCAGUAAAGGGCAGAGGAGUUUAAAGCUUUGAAUUUCUGCAGAAGGUCAACUUAAAAUAGAGGAGAAUAUUGAAACUGCUUGUGUGUGGUUGAUGCAUAAAGAGAUUAAAUCAAGAAGACUAAAAGUUUAGGGCAUCUUUAACUCCCAGUAUAGUUGUGUAAUGUAACAUAGAGGAUAUACAGCCAAAUGCACUGACUUCAGCUCUGUCAUAACCAUCUUCCAGCAAAUUAUGUUAGUGAUUGUGUUUAGGCAAAUGUUAGCUCUUUGUAAAUAUUGGUCUUAAUUCACUCCCAUUAGUGUGGGGCUAUACACUGUGCAUACAUCCUGUGUCAGCAGGCACAGUUACACCCAAGGGGAGGGAUUCAUCUCCUCUAGGGAAAGGUAUGUAGUGUUGGUUAUGGUGGUCUUAGCCAGCACUGCCCAUUUGUGGAAUGUCACAUGCUUGGGGGAAUAGAGAUUAUGGCUGUCACUGUUCUGCCAGCAGUCUUCAAGCAUCUGCAGCCCUCCCAAAGCUGAGGGACACAGGUCCAUAGCUGACUGAUCCUAGGAGGUAGCCCGACCCUGUAAGUUAGUGACACCUAGCAAGUAGUUAACAUUUGAAAGGAAAGGAGCUGGAAACUUAAUUUUUUUUAAAUAAAAUUUGUAGUUCUCCUCCUCCCCCAAAUCUGCAAUGCCAUGUCUCUGGGUUUUAUGGGCCAAAAGGCUGUGAUUGCUCACAACCACAAGCAACGUGGUUUAUGUUACAAGUUUUAGAUCCUCAUUUAUUAUUAUCCUAGCCACAGUUUGGAAAAUCAGUCUAGCCACAGAAAUGCUCAUCCAGUUGUGUAAAUACCUAACUUAGGGAUCUCUUGCUUUCAAAUGUUCAUCAGUCCACUACCCUAUGUCUCCCUUUAGAUGUAUCUGCUCUACAAAGCCAAGGAUUGCAUGGACCAUCAUAAUGCUAAAGUGUAUUCUCAAAAAGCUCCUCUACAUUUUUUUCUUUGAUCUAGGUUUUAUAUCAUGUCUUCCAGUAUUUGAGCAUUCUUUGUACCGUGCUAUCUCCUGCACCCCGUAUUUAAUAAAUAAAGACAUACAAGUCUAAAUCAUAUGAUUUGAAAAAGGCAGAGGAGAAGACUCCUGGCUAAACAGCAUAUAUUUCUUGGUGCACUUUAUGUUCAAAGCCAUGUGCAUCAGUUAGUUUAGCAAUCAUACAGUAAGUUCCUUAUUGCAUAAUCUUUUAGAGGUAUUGUUAAAUGUUACUACCCUUUUACAACUGUUUUGCCUCUGCGAAAUGAAUUUUCAUCCAAAUAUAGUUCGUAGCACUAA